GAAUACACUGGGAUGUUUGUAAGACGUUGUGUACUAGUCACUGCACGUAAGCCAAUGGUCAUUUGUGGAUGUUGAUGCGCUGCUUGGCAAUAGAGCAAAUGAAGCGUGGAGGAAACAUGCAUCUCUGUUGAGCCUGACAACCUUUCUCAAUAUUACAUGUGAACGUCAGCGAUGGGCUCGGCUCCGAAAAUGACACUCACGGUUCUUUUGAGUGUUACGAUAAGCUUGAUGGCCGUCGUCUUUGGCCGCAGUCCACGCACGGUGGAUCAGGUAUCGGAGGCUGAUAUCCAGCGCCUGCUUCACGGCGUGAUGGAGCAGCUUGGUAUCGCUCGGCCCAGGGUGGAGGAUCCCGCGCACCAGGCCACCAACAUAGUGGGUCCUCUCAGUAUCCAGGGUGGUGCCCACGAGGGACUCCAGCAUCUCGGACCUUAUGGGAACAUCCCCAACAUUGUUGCAGAGUUAACUGGGAACAAUGUUCCCAAAGACUUCAGUGAGGACCAUGGGUACCCCGACCCUCCCAAUCCUUGCCCCCUUGGAAAGACUGCUGCUGAUGAAUGUUUAGAGAACACUCCAGACACUGCAGAAUUUAGUAGAGAAUUCCAGAAACAGCAGCACCAUUUUGACCUCGAGCAUGACUACCCUGCACUAGCAAAGUGGAAUAAAGGACUGUUGUAUGAAAAACUGAAAGCUGGGCCAGAAAGAAGAAAAAGGAGUGCAAAUCCCUAUCUGAUGGGACAGAGGCUGGAUAAUGUAGUGGCCAAGAAAUCAGUGCCACAUUUCCCAGAGGAAGAUGAGGUUGAAAAUGCUACAAGCAAUAUCAAGACCUGAACAUCAUGUUGCUCUUUAAUAUCUGUAUAAUAAAAAUGACUUAUCAGUAUCACAGUAACGUUAAAGCAUUAAAUUGUGUGUGAUAUUCAAAUUAAUCAUAUUAUGGAAAUGGAAGAAAAGGGUGUUUGUAACAUGAAUGAUAUUUCCAUUGGCUUAAAAUUUAUUGUAAUAACAUUUAAUCAAAUAAAAUUAUGUUCAUGUGCAGAUAUACUGAAGCAUGUGUUUUUAACUUU